AUGGGAUUUAUUGUAGAUGUAUAUCAUACAGAUAAAGUAGAUGUAUAUCAUAAAGAUAAAGUAGAUGUAUAUGAUACAGAUAAAGUAGAUGUUUAUCAUACAGAUAAAGUAGAUGUUUAUCAUACAGAUAAAGUAGAUGUUUAUCAUACAGAUAAAGUAGAUGUUUAUCAUACAGAUAAAGUAGAUGUAUAUCAUACAGAUAAAGUAGAUGUAUAUGAUACAGAUAAAGUAGAUGUAUAUCAUACAGAUAAAGUUUCCGCAGGUUUCCGCAGCAGUAAGCGACGGACUACAUAUCAGUACUCUGCAGUACAUGGCCCAGUCAAUCGUCAGCCUCGCGGUCGACUGCCAAUUGCCAGCUUGGCAGCUGAGAGCCACCUUGCAGAUGGCAGCCUGCCAUCUGCCAGCCUGCCAUCUGCCAGCCUGUCAGCUCCCAGCCUGCCAUCUGCCAGCCUGCCAUCUGCCAGCCUGCCAUCUCCCAGCCUGCUAUUUGCCAGCCUGCUAUUUGCCAGCCUGCCAUCUACCAGCCUGCCAUCUGCCAGCCUGCCAUCUGCCAGCCUGCCAUCUGCCAGCCUGUCAGCUCCCAGCCUGCCAUCUGCCAGCCUGCCAUCUGCCAGCCUGCCAUCUGCCAGCCUGCCAUCUCCCAGCCUGCCAUCUGCCAGCCUGCCAUCUCCCAGCCUACCAUCUGCCAGCCUGCCAUCUCCCAGCCUUCCUCCGUCACACUCCCUGCCUCUCAUCUCCCACUGA